UUUUCGAGCCCGGCCCGGGGGGGACUGGUGUGUGCGCUUGUUCCCCCGCCAGGGCCCCGCGCGCAAGGCCUCGACGCCCGAGUUGGGAGCCCAGGGCCGCCGAGCAGCGCGGAGGGCGAGCGAGGAGAGAAGGGCCAGAGGGGAGAGCGUCUGGGAAGAGGAAGGGGGCUGGCGGGGGGUUUCUGUGACGGAGGCUGAGGGCGGCGGCGGCGGCCGCGGUGGCAGGCUACCUCUUGAAAUAUUUCAGACAUGACUAAAAGAGAAGCAGAAGAGCUAAUAGAAAUAGAAAUUGAUGGAACUGAGAAACAAGAGUGCACUGAAGAAAGCAUUGUUGAGCAGACAUAUACCACUGCAGAAUUUGUGAGUCAGGCUAUUGAUAUCAAUGAGCCAGUUGGAAAUCUUAAGAAACUGCUGGAACCAAGACUUCAGUGUUCUUUGGAAGCACAUGAAAUCUGUCUGCAAGAUAUACAGCUGGAUCCAGAUCGCAGUCUCUUUGAUCAAGGUGUGAAAACAGAUGGAACAGUGCAGCUUAGUGUCCAAGUAAUAUCGAGGCAAGGAAUAGAACCAAAGUUAAACAUUCUCGAAAUCGUAAAGCCAGUAGAAACAGUUGAGGUAGUGAUUGACCCUGAUGCCCACCAUACUGAGAGCGAGGAACAUCUUGUUGAAGAAACUCAAGUGAUAACACUAGAUGGGACAAAACAUAUAACCACCAUAUCUGAUGAAACAUCUGAACAAGUAACUCGGUGGGCAGCAGCAUUAGAAGGCUAUCGUAAAGAACAGGAACGCUUAGGAAUACCAUAUGACCCAGUACAGUGGUCAACUGACCAGGUACUACACUGGGUAGUAUGGGUGAUGAAGGAAUUCAGCAUGACUGACAUAGACCUCAAUACUCUUAGUAUUCCUGGGAGAGAAUUGUGCAGCCUCAGUCAAGAGGACUUCUUUCAGAGGGUCCCUCGGGGAGAAAUCCUUUGGAGCCACCUUGAACUUCUUCGAAAAUAUGUGUUGGCUAGUCAGGAACACUCUGGAGAAAUAGCAACAGUUACUAUUGAUCAACCUGUGCAGAUUAUACCAGCUUCUGUACAGCCUUCUACUCCAACUACCAUUAAAGUCAUAAAUAGUAAUGCAAAGGCAGCAAAAGUGCAGAGAGCACCAAGGAUUUCAGGAGAAGAUAGAAGUUCACCUGGUAACCGAACAGGAAAUAAUGGUCAGAUCCAGCUAUGGCAGUUCUUGCUUGAGCUUCUGACUGAUAAAGAUGCUCGGGAUUGCAUUUCAUGGGUUGGUGACGAAGGGGAAUUCAAACUAAAUCAACCAGAGCUGGUUGCACAGAAAUGGGGUCAACGAAAAAAUAAGCCCACUAUGAACUAUGAGAAGCUCAGUCGUGCUUUACGGUAUUACUAUGAUGGGGACAUGAUCUGCAAAGUACAAGGCAAGAGGUUUGUGUACAAGUUUGUCUGUGACUUGAAGACUCUCAUUGGGUACAGUGCAGCAGAGCUGAAUCGGCUGGUUACAGAGUGUGAACAAAAGAAACUGGCAAAGAUGCAACUUCAUGGCAUUGCACAACCAGUCACAGCAGUUGCAUUAGCUACAGCAUCUCUACAAACAGAAAAAGAUAACUAAGGACUUGGACCAAAAGCUUGGAUGUGUGAGGCCUUUGUUGUAAACUGACCAGUUUCUGGUCUUAAAAUGGGAGCUUCUUUUAUUCCUUGGCAGUUCAAUAUGCAUGGUUUUUCUACAGAGAAUUGAGACUUCCAUAAAUUUUGACCCUUUUCACUUAAAGGUAUAUGAUUUCAUGUAUGCUGAUGGCACUCUGCAGAUUGUUUUACAUGAAGGCAUUUGUUAAUGACAGUCUGGAUUUGGUAAGAAACCCCCAAAAUUUGUUGGUGCUAUGCUAUGCCCUACUGUUGUUUUUUCCAGCAUUUUAUGAAACUGAAGAAUUUACAAAACAUAAAGCAGUCAAUAUUUUGAAUUUAGUUCUUUGUGCGUCUGUUCUUCAGCUACCAGAUGUAAUGUAAUAUAUUUACAGUGAUAGAGCAGUUUCUACUAGUCAUGCUCAUUAUUAUAUAAAAAUGGAGAGAUGUGAGAAGUACCAGGGUCAUCAGGUAAUUUCUCUGUUCACUAGCAAAAGAAGUGUAAUAUUAGCAGAACUGAAGACUGCUGCUGAAGAAAGGUAUCCAAGUUUUAGUCCAACAAGGUCAAAAACUAAUUAUGACUAUUUUGAUAUAAAAUGUAGAUAAGAUGCAUAUUUGUGGGAAAGUGCUUAAUUACCUUGAGAGACCUUGCUAAGUUUAAUCUCUGGCAAUAUUUUUUUCCCCUGUUAGGAGAUGCUAUCUCUCAUCCAAAGAAUAGGUUUGUUUUGUUUCAAUUUACACUGCAGAGUAUAUCAGCUGAUUCUGCAUAUACUUGCACUGUAGCUGACUUUGAAUGGAAGACUUAUGUUAAUCACAGAUAGAAGUCCUUUCUUGUAUUUAGAAGCAAAACAUAAUCUGCAGCUAAAAUGGUAAGAAAUGGAAGUUUCACUUCCUUAUGUUAUAUAGACCACCGUAUUAAAAUAAAAAUGCGGUUUCUUUCUUUAAAUUACUUGGUUUCCAAGCUGUUGUUUUGGUGCUUUGGAAAUAAAAGGGUGUGUUAUUAUACAGACUAAACAAUGUAGUUCAGUGAUUUGAUAAUAUUUUAAGAUGUGAGAUACAGUUUAUAUACAGAGACAGUGAUACUAAUGCUUUGUUUACUCUUGCAUGUUCAUUAUGGGCUUUUAGGCACCAUAUAAAACCUGAAAAAACAUGAUGGGCUUUUUGGCACCAUAUAAAACAUUCAUUGGCAUA